AUGGAAGAUUUUAAAGUUAAGCUGGUGGAAUUAGUCUCCCUCACAGGAGGCCUAAUUGUGUUGUUCAUCGCGUACACCGGAUGCAGAACUGUUUAUAAUGCCUCCUUUAAUCGGUUGCGCCACAUCCCGGGCCCUUGGAUCAACAGUGUCUCUAUGAUACCGUAUGCAAGACACAUGCUUGCCGGCACGACUGUGGAAAAUUCAGUGAGACUACACGAGAAGUAUGGUGAUGUGGUGAGAAUCUCGCCAAACGAGGUAUCUUUUAUCAGUGGCGAGACUGCAUUUCCAGAUAUUUACGGUACGUGGGCAUUGAAGGAUGAAACAGCUAGCUAUUGCUCAUCAAAACCAGGGUUCCGCACCGGCAAGCUCAAGGGACAUCUCAAUAUGGAGAAGGACCCAGUGUGGUAUGUCAAGCCGAGUAAUGGAUCUCCGUCUCUUCUGCAGGCAAACGAUGAAGAUCACGCAAGAGGCCGCCGAGUGCUUUCUCAUGCAUUCAGCGAGAGGGCAGUGGCCGCUCAAGAACCUUUGGUACAAACUUAUGUCGACCAACUCAUAAAUGGGCUGAAGGGAGCCACGGCCGAAAAGGAAGGGGAAGGUGUGGUCGACAUGGUGUCGUGGUAUAACUGGACGACGUUCGAUAUCAUUGCUGAUUUGAUGUUUGGUGAGCCAUUUGGGUGCUUACAGGAUUUAUCUACUCACAAAUAUGUGGCCGUUCUGCUGGAGUCCUUCAAGUCCCUCAGGAUCCUAUAUGUUCUUGCUCAUUUUCCGUGGCUGAAAUACUUUGGCAAUCUUUUCCUUGAUCAGAGACAAGUUCAGAAGAGAAAGGAUCAUUUAUCCUGGGUUUCUACUCAAGUUCAGAAGCGAAGGGAAAGAGAGACAACACGGCCUGACUUUAUGACAUUGAUUCUGGCCAAUAACGGAAACAAAGGAUCGAAACUAACAGACGAAGAGAUCAACUCCAAUGCGUUCCUACUCCUUAACGCUGGUUCAGAGACUACCGCAACACUACUCAGUGCUGUUACCUUUCUUUUGCUCAAGAAUCCUAGAGUCAUGGAGAAACUGAAACAGGAAAUUCGUGAGAAAUUCGCGUCGUAUGAAGAAAUUCAACUCCCUACUCUCAACACUAUGACAUAUCUACAUGCGGUGUUGUUGGAAGCACUCAGAUACUUCCCGCCAGCUCCCGUUGGUUUUGGAAGGGUGGUAAACCGUGGUGGGGAGUUUAUUUCCGGCCACUUCUUACCCGAGGGUUGUAUAGUAUCCGUGAGCCAGUAUGCGGCGUAUCAUUCGAGCAGGAAUUUCAAGGACCCGGACGCCUUCGUACCUGAAAGAUGGCAUGUUCCCCGCGAGAAAGAGUACGCUGAUGAUAAGAGAAGUGCCGCUCAGCCCUUUAGCUAUGGACCGCGAGGUUGUUUGGGGAGGAAUCUGGCACAUGCAGAAUUGCGGAUCAUUCUGGCCAAAAUGGUCUGGUCUUUUGAUCUUGAACUUGAGGAAAGAAGUCAAGACUGGUUGAGUCGAUGCAAAGUGAUGAGGCUCUGGGUGAAGCCUGAGCUGGCUGUGAAACUGAAGAAAGUCAUCAGAUGA